AAACAGAGAGCCAAGAUGGCGGCCGACAGUGAUCCCGAGUCUGAAGUGUUUGAGAUCACGGAUUUCACCACCGCGUCCGAGUGGGAGAGAUUCAUCUCCAGAGUGGAGGAGGUGCUCAAUGAUUGGAAGCUGAUUGGCAGUCGUGUUGGUAAACCGCUGGAGAAGGGCGAGUACACCAGCGGCACCUGGGAGGAGAGCAGCCAGGAGAUCAGCUUUGCAGAUUUCAAGUUCUCCAUCACACACCACUAUCUGAAGCAGGAGUCUGCGGAGAAUGACAACCGCGAUGAGCUGGAGGAAGAUGCGUAUCCGCUGGCCAUGCAGGACCUGCUGUGCAUCAACAAUGACUUUCCUCCACGCGCACACUGCCUGGUCAGAUGGUUCGGCGUGCGUGAGUUUGUGGUGAUUUCUCCUGGAGCAAACUGUGAAGCCAUCAUCAGUGAGUCCAAGUGUAGCCUUCUGCUGAGCUCUGUGUCCAUCGCUCUGGCCAACACCGGCUGCCAGGUGCCGCUGUUCGUGCAGAUCCAGCAGAAGCACAGGAAGAUGUUCAGUGGCGAGUGUCAGGGGCCCGGGGUCCGCUCAGACUUCGAGAUGGUGCACCUGCGCAGAGUCCCGAGCCAAUACAACCACCUGUCCGGCCUGCUGGACAUCUUCAAGAACAAGAUUGGCUGUCCGCUGACUCCGCUGCCCCCCAUCAACAUCUCCAUCCGCUUUACGUAUGUUCUGCAGGACUGGCAGCAGUGCUCGUGGCCUCAGCAGCCGCCAGACUUUGAUGCUCUUCUCGCCGGAGAGGUGGGCGGUGUGGAGUUUGGCAAACUUCCUUUCGGAGCGUGUGAAGAUCCCAUCAGCGAGCUUCACCUGGCAGCGACGUGGCCGAGCCUGACGGAGGGCAUUGUUGUGGAUAACGAUGUGUAUUCUGAUCUGGAUCCUCUUCAGGCGCCACACUGGUCUGUCCGAGUCCGUACAGCAGAGAAUCCACAGUGUCUGCUGGGAGAGUUUCUUACAGAGUUCUUCAAGAUCUGCUGUCGAAAGGAAACUACGGAGGAGAUUCUGGGCAGGAGCACAGCUGAGGAGGAGGGCAAAGAGAACAGUGACAUCACGCAGGCGCUGUCGAAGCUGACGGAGCCGAGUACUGCUGUGCCGAUACACAAGCUCUCCGUCUCCAGUAUGGUCCACAGCGCCCGCAAGCGCAUCCGCCGGCACCGCCGUGUCCCGGAGUCGCCGCUCAACAACGACGUGCUCAACUCCAUCCUGCUGUAUCUGUUUCCUGACGCAGCUCUGGAUAAAGCAGACGUAAGUGAGGUCAGACCACCGCAACAGAGCCCGGACAGACAAUCAGAGGAUUACCAUCUCUACAAUCAGCUGAAGUCGUGCCCGUCAGACAGCCUGACGCACCGGCUGGCGCUCUGCAUCUGCAUGGUGAACUUCCAUCACGGAGGAGUGCGCGCCGUCGCCCACCUGUGGCAGGAGUUUGUGCUGGAGAUGAGAUACCGCUGGGAGAACAACUGCCUCAUCUACGGACUGGCGAGUGGACCUCCUGAUCUCAGGUGUUGUCUACUUCAUCAGAAACUACAGAUGCUGAACUGCUGCAUUGAGCGCAAGAAAGCAAGGGAUGAUGGGAAGAAGAGCAGCUCGUCAGACGGGGCCCGAGACCGGAGCCGCGGAGCACCAGAGGGGGCAGGGCCAGAGGGGGCGGGGCCUGCAGAGGCUGCUGGGAAAUCCUGGGACUCCUGGAGCGACAGUGAGGACGAGUUCUUCGAGUGUGUGAGCGACACGGAGGAGAUGAAGGAGGACAAGGAGGAGGCGGAGAACAGGAGCAGGAGCAAACCUGAGGGACGUCUGCAGCCGCACGGCACACACACACUGCUGAACACACAGGAGCCGCUCUACAUACCCAUCACACAGGAGCCGGCGAUGACGGAGGACCUGCUGGAGGAGCAGUCGGAGGUUCUGGCCAAACUGGGCACAUCAGCUGAAGGAGCUCACCUGCGCGCACGCAUGCAGAGCGCCUGCCUGCUGUCUGACAUGGAGUCCUUCAAGGCUGCUAACCCCGGCUGUACGCUGCUGGACUUCGUGCGCUGGUACUCCCCCAGGGAUUAUGUGGAGGAGCAGGUGACGGAUGCAGAUGGACGGGUGGAGGUUCGAGGAGAGCUCAGCGCACGCAUGAAGAUCCCCGGGAACAUGUGGGUGGAGGCCUGGGAGACGGCCCGCGCUACACCCGCACGCAGGCAGAAGAGGCUGUUCGACGACACCAAAGAGGCUGAGAAGGUGCUGCACUAUCUGGCGCUGCAGAAGCCGUCUGAGCUGACGCGGCACCUGCUGCCCUGUGUUCUGCACGCCGCCCUACUCAAAAUCAAGGAGGAAGAGUCAGCUGAAGAUCUCCCGUCGGUGCGUACGUCUCUCCAGCAGGAUGUGAUCAGUCAGCUGAUGGCGGUGGAGGCUGUGAUCGCGCGCGCUCGCUCACUCAAGGCCAAGUUCGGUGUGUGUGGAGGAGAGAGAGAGCGAGAGGAGGACGGAGACGAGCUGGAGAGGCAGGCUGCUCUGCUGGCUCCCAUGGAGGAGGAAACGCUUCGUUCUGGAGGGUCUGAUGACAGAAAAGCCUUUCCAGAUUUUCCGCCCCCUGCUGGCCGGGAGAUCCUCCUGCGCACCUGCGUUCCCCGUCCCGCACCGUACUCUAAAGCCCUACCGCAGAGACUCUUCUGUGUGCUGAUGCGGGACGAGUUCAGGCUGGCCGGCGCCUUCUCCUCCGACACCUCCUUCUUCUGAUUCUGGACCAGCCCAAGGCAAACGCACCGCUAAACGCUUCUAUGUCUGUUGGGUUUUCACACAUGCUAAUAAUAUCAGUUCCCCUACUGUGUGCUUAAUGAGAGCAGCUUUAGAUCCUCGCCCCAGGAAUCAUCCGCAGAACACUGAAACUGUCCGAGAAGUCCACAUUCAGCAUCAUGCGUUUGUGUUUCAGAUCAUACGCUACAGAACCUGCUAACUCUGACACUCGUGUGUGUGUGUGUGUGUGUGUGUGUGUGUGUGUGUGUGUGUGUCAUAAUGUCAGAGCAGUGUGAUCUUCUCCACUGUGCGCAUAUCCAGAUUUCUCCGCGGUGAGGAUAAUAAAGAGUGUGGUUAUGA